AUGGCGUCCACCAGUGUCGCAAUGGAUACCAACCAUGACACGGCUCCACUUCAGCAGCUGCUCAGCUUGACCAACGCUCCGCUCAAGUACACCAUAGCUCAGGCAUCCUCCUGGUCAGGCACCUAUCAUCCCACCAACAUCCUUCACAAUCGUCCACACGAAAUGUACUCGAGAUGGUCCGGCUCUUCUCAGCACGCUGCCAACUCGGCCCUCUCCGUACCCACCGCCGCUACCACCUCCUCUUCCUCCACUGCCACCGCCAUGGGCGUCAACCCUUCCAGCUACCUCGCCAACCCGUCCAACCCAGCGCUUGCAUCCACGCCCAACCUCGUGCCUGCCUCCAACUCGAGCCAUACUUCUUCUCCCUCUUCUACGGCUUCGGCUGCCACCCUCGGCGCCUCUCAAUCCGCAUCAAGUCGCAGGACAGCCACCGUCACAGUAGCGGCGGCUGGUACAAUUCCAGCCCAAUCCCACAAGCAGUACAUUGUCCUCAAACUCGAAAAACUCAGCGUUGUGCGAUCCAUCACGUUUGGCAAGUAUCACAAGCCGCAUCCUUGCAAUCUUCGUGACUUUAAAGUAUACGGCGCCACCAGCAUCGACAGCCUCCUCCCCUCGCUCUCGCUCAACGGUCGUCCACCAGCAAGCAAGCGUCUCCUCCGUGGUGGACUCAAGAAUGACGCCAUCCCCGAGACGUUCGAACUACGAUGGCUCGAAGAUGCCGCCACUGGCUCCGGUUCCGGCUCCUCGAUCGAAUCCUCCACCUUGCUCCCCGCAGACGGCGAACCGGAUCGUCGCUCGGCCACAAACGCGCUCGUCAACACAGGCAAUGCCGUCCCAUUUGCCGUUCGAUACAUCAAGAUUGUCCCCCUCGCCGCUCACACGCCCAACUACAACUUUUCCAUCUGGCAUGUCGCACUCGCCGGCGUCAGCGAUCCUCUCCUCGUCUCCCGUGUCGCACAGAGCUACCAAAACCAUCGACAAUCCACCGCCACGCGUCUCAUUCUCAAACACCUUCGAGAACACGGUCACCACACCGCAUUUCAAGCUUUGCUACAGUCUUCCCGCCUUGCACCCCCAACGCACUCAGACGCUGCACCACAACAGCCCAAGUUGCUCCCCUACAGUCCACACCGCCCCUUUGAGCAUCCUCUCCUCACCACACUCUUUGAUGCGCUCGUUCGACGCGGUAGCUGGGACCAAGUCGAGCUCUGUCUCAAUCGCGCUGCCUACGGCGACCUCCUCGACACUACUCACAGCGGCUCGUCUACACCCAUCUCUCCAGGCGCAACUGGCGCUGGUCUAGCAUCGCCUUUGAUCGCAACCCUCUCCCGCAGCGGUGUAUGGACGCAGCCAUGGCAAAAGUCCAUGUUCUCUUCCUACAUCUCCCGCCAGAUUCCCAAAGCCAGCUGGUCCCAAAUUCAUCCUCUGGCGUCUAUCUCGCUCCAUCAUUCCCACUCCCACUCCCAUUCCUCCGAGCCUGCUGCCAAAUCCUCCGCAGCACCCUCAGGAAGGGGUGGCCAUGCCAUGGUCUUUGAUGCAGACAAAGGCAUCGCCUACCUCUUUGGCGGAUGGGACGGUCAGCGAGACCUUUCCGACCUGUGGGCCUACCACGUCGGCGAGAAUCGGUGGCGCCUGAUUUCGUCCGACACCCAAUUGCAAGGCGGUCCCAGCCCGAGAAGCUGCCACAAGAUGUGUCUCGACGAAAAGAGCGGAUGCAUCUACCUCCUCGGUCGCUACAUUGAUUACGAAAGCGUCCACCAAUCCGAGGCAAUGCCAGCCGACUCGAUCGCCCACACCACUCGCCCCGCUGUCAACUCUUCUUCCAACUCUUCCUCGGCGGCGGUGGCAGCACCGCCUCCUGUGACGCCUUCCUCUUCCACCGCACGCACCACACGCGCCAACUUUCUCGCGCGUUAUCCAGAGUCGAUCACUCGCGACAUUCACAUGAACUUGGAUGACUAUUUGAUACAACCCCAAGACUCGCCCAUCGAGGCGUUCGGCCAAGUGGACCAGACGACUACAUCACGCGGAGCAUCAGCCGCGCGCGGGGCAGUCUCGGCUGGAUCCACACCGGCGCCAGCGUCCAACUCGGAAGCCUCGCCCUUACUCACGAGCAGUAGCUUUGCGGACUCAACCGCAAGAUCGUCAAGAGCUUCCUCGCGUCUUCACAACAGCGUACGAUCCGACUCACAGCAGCGACCGCCUUCCCUCUCGUCUCCACCGGGUCGCGAAGCCGACUUUUUCCGCUUCUCGACUCGUUCAGAGAAGUGGGAAAGGCUCAGCACCGAUACCUACGCUGACGGAGGCCCCAAACUCAUCUUUGACCACGGUCUCGUCAUUGAUGCACAGGACCAGAUGAUGUACGUCUUUGGUGGCCGCGUCACCGAUCCCGACCCGGCCAAGUUUGAGUUCAGCGGCAUGUGGCGCUACGAUAUCAUUCAACGUAGCUGGACCUUUCUCUUUGACGAUCGCACUUCCAAUGGCGCCAAGAUCCUCAGCCGAUCCGGACACAGCAUGCUGCUCGACAGCGGCCGUCCCGGUGCGUCUGGCAUUUCGCCUUCGCACACGCGCCAGAUCUGGAUCCUCGGAGGUCAGCGCGGUGCCUCGGCGACGUUUUUGGCCGACAUGUACACGUACAACUUGGCUACCGGCGCUGUUCGAGAAGUGUCGCGCAACACGGCGCACAACGGUCCCGAGGCUGCUUUCACCCAACGAGCUACGAUCGACGUUGCGGCUCGAGAGAUCAGCGUCUUUAUCGGACUCAUUGGCAGUCGCAAUGAACGAAAGAGAAGUGCAUUUUGGAUCUAUAGCAUCCCCAGAUCAUCAUGGCGCAAGGUGUAUCAGUACGAAGGCGGCAAGCGCUCCGAGUUUGCCUCGGAAGCUAUCACUGGCGCGCUGGCCAAUACGCAAGCGCUAGGACUUUACGGUAGCGAUGACGCGGCGCUUGGUUCUACGGCUGGCCUCGACGCCGACGGUGAGCUGGAGGGAGACCAAGUUCCCGAAUCCGGUCCUCUGCAAGCACUGCCGAGUUACUCGGACGAGAUUAACACCGACGACGAGGAGAUGCCCCUCGAGCCAUCCACCAAUAGCUGGACCGCGUAUGCUGGGCAGAAUACGUUGGAGCCUCUCGGCGGUGCCUCGGCGCAUCCGGCAGCAGCCACAUCCAGCAUCACCAGCCCAUCUACGGCUAAUUCUACCCGCGCAAGGCGCCAAAGUGGAACAGGUGCGGCCAAUGCAGUGCAGGCGACAGAACCGCAGCCGAGAUACGCAGCACAGCUGGUGUUUGACGACCGUAAGAAGGUCUACUACCUGCAUGGAGGCAACCCCGAGGACGCUUCCGAUCGAUCGUAUCGCCUCGAUGAUUUUUGGCGUCUGACUUUGCUCCGUCCCACUCCGGGCGAGAUUCUGCGCAGAGCCAAGUUCCGCGUGAGAAGACAACGAUUCCUCGAGAUGACUCGCAACCUGGCACCGACGUUGAACGACUCGGACGAAGACGUGACUGCAGCCGUAGCAGCAGCAACAGCAACAGCAACAGCAACAGCAACAGCAACAGCAACAGCAGCAGCAACAGCAGCAACAGCAUCAGCAUCAGCAUCCUCAUCAUCACCAUCACUUGCUGCGACUCAACCCGGCUUUGUUCUGGACGGUGGACCGCGUCUAGGUCUCGAAGCGCUGAUGUACCUGCAGACCGAGGUGGGAGCGGUGGUGGACCAUUCGGACGAAUGGGAAUCGCGCCUCUUCCGUCGACUCAUGUCGCAUCUCUUGAACGCUGAGAUGGGUAGCGUCAGCAAUGACGGCGCAUCAGCUGGACGCAAGCCUUCUUUGGCAGGCGACCUCAUCUCAGCGGACGAAACGCUCGUUGCGGCCGAUCGUGGCGUCAGCAGCGGGGGCAUCGGAUCAUCGCCUCUCAACCCAAACGUUAACAUGGGUAGCACAGACGUGUGGAGCGGCGCAGCAGGAUCUAAACGCACACGCGAAGAGGCUGAGACAGACGAAGCCGAACUGGCCAGCUCCGUUUCGUCGCUCAUGAGCGGAGAUGACGCUGGUUCCGAAAUGAUGCUCUCCGCGUCGCAGGUGCUGCAACAUCGCAACAGGAAGGUAGCUGCGGCGAGGACGCUACCUACGGUUCAUGUGAGGGAGGAUGAAGGUAGGCCAAGCUCGCUGUACGUGGAGCGCACGAAACUUUACAGGGAGCUCAUUGAGUAUUUCAAUCCCGAGCUGGUCGAGCCAAGGGCUGAGUUAGGGGGAUGUAUCGAGGUUGCGCUUGGUGGCUAG